CACUCUGCAAGAUCUACAAGAUAGAGAGGAAAAAAAAAAAAAAAAAAGAAUCAUACAAUUAGAAGAACAAGCAUUCGGAAAAAAAGCACUUACAUUUUGCAUAAGCGUUAAAUGCUUAUACUUGAGGAAAAAAAAUACUUUAUUUUUUACCGCAUCUACUCUGUGCUUUUUCCUUGGUUAGCAAACUUUUUAUUUUUAGAGACAAAAUUAGCAGAAAAAAAGAUUUGGCUUUUUUAAUAUUUGUUUUUGGGAAACCGACUUUUAACAGAAUCUGAAUGUGGGUUUUUAUCAGAAUAAGAUUGCUUUGUGUGGUGUAGUCUGCCAAACAAACCCAUUUUUUCUCUGUUACUGUUUUUGCUUUAUUUCUUCAAAUAAAAAAGUUAAAGCUUUUUGUCACCGAAUUUUCGUGGCAUUUCUUUUUCCCGAAGAAAAAUGCAAUAAAGUAUCUGUCUUUUGCCUUUAUUUUAUUUUAUUUAAUUUUUUUCUUUUGUGGGUUCGGUGGAGGAAAAUGUUCUGAAGCUGACUCGAAAAAAUUCAAUGCUUUUUUUUUUUUUUUUCUUUAAUUCAGGAUUUUGGGUUUAGAUUAAUGGGUUUUAUAGUUCAUACCCUGUCAUAUAAACGCGUUUUGUUUCCGUGUUGAUUUCCUUCUUUUCUUUUUUUUUUUUUUUUUUUUUUUUCCCUUCUUCGAGUGGUUCAUAUUGCUUAAUGUCGAAUCAGAUCUCCAUUUGGUUUUGCGUGGAAUGCAUUAAGACAUUCUCGAGGGUAACCCACAUUAACUCUUCCAUGUCUGUUGGAAUAUUUGUAUCUGUUUGAUUCCUAAGAAAAAUCACUGAAAAAUAUAAUCGAAAUUGAUUUUUUUGUUUUCCGAGAAGCCUGAGUUACUGGAUCGUAUUUGAGCUCAUUUAGAAGAAAUUUGAAGUUUUUGUUCAUAUUUCGGAAAUCUGGUCUUAUUUGCCAAGAAGUACAGUGGGCUGGUGACUUUUAUAAAAGAGGACUUCGAUUCUGGGAAAUUUGAGUUUUGGGUUUAGUUGCUUUAUAUGCAGGAUUAGGAUAUUUAGGCGCUCCCUAGCAGUAUGCUUUUGAGGGAGCGGAGCAGAUAGUUUGAAUUUUUCUCAGAACUAAGGCAAAAUCGUUUGGGGAGGUAUUCAUGGCAUCUGGAGAAGGUAGGCGUCACCAUCAUAAUCUUGUGCCUCUUGCUGCUCUGAUCAGCAGAGAGAUGAGGAAUGAGAAGAUGGAGAAGCCCACUGUGAGAUAUGGCCAUGCAGCUCAAUCUAGGAAAGGAGAGGAUUAUUUCUUGAUUAAGACUGAUUGUCAACGAGUCCCGGGGAAUCCUUCUUCUACGUUUUCUGCAUUUGCGAUCUUUGAUGGGCACAAUGGAAAUGCAGCAGCAAUUUUUACGAGGGAGAAUUUGUUAAGUCACGUGUUGGGUGCUAUUCCCCGUGGGUUAGGGAGAGAGGAGUGGCUUCAAGCUUUACCACGGGCAUUGGUUGCUGGGUUUGUGAAGACUGAUAAGGAAUUCCAGAGCAGAGGAGAGACUUCUGGAACAACAGCCACAUUUGUUAUAGUUGAUGGUUGGACUGUGACGGUUGCAUCUGUUGGAGAUUCUCGUUGUAUUUUAGAUACUCAGGGUGGUGCUGUUUCCACCUUAACUGUUGAUCAUAGGCUUGAAGAGAAUGUAGAAGAGAGAGAACGUGUAACUGCAAGUGGUGGUGAAGUUGGGCGCCUAAGCAUUGUUGGUGGAACAGAGAUUGGUCCACUUCGCUGUUGGCCAGGGGGUUUAUGCCUUUCCAGGUCAAUUGGAGACAUGGAUGUUGGGGAAUAUAUAGUUCCAAUACCAUAUGUCAAACAAGUUAAGCUAUCAAAUGCAGGAGGUAGGCUUAUAAUUGCUUCUGAUGGCAUCUGGGAUGCUAUGUCCUCAGAUAUGGCAGCAAAAUCAUGCCGUGGGUUGCCUGCUGAACUUGCUGCUAGGCAAGUUGUGAAGGAAGCUUUAAGAACAAGGGGGCUAAAGGAUGAUACAACCUGCAUAGUUGUGGAUAUAAUUCCUCCUGAUACUACAGUACAACCUUCAACACCUCCAAAGAAGCAGAACAAGCUUAGGGCUCUGUUAUUCAGGAAGAAAUCCUGUGCUUCAGCUAAUAAACUAUCAAAGAAGCUAUCGGCUGUUGGAAUUGUAGAGGAACUUUUUGAAGAAGGCUCAGCAAUGCUUGCUGAAAGGCUGGGAAACGAUGACUUCAUGGCACAGUCAACAUCUGGCCUGUUCAUGUGUGCUGUAUGUCAAGUUGAUCUUGCACCAAGCGAGGGCAUCUCGGUUCACGCUGGAUCUAUCUUCUCCAUGAGCUCAAAGCCCUGGCAAGGGCCUUUCCUCUGCGCUGAUUGCCGUAAUAAGAAGGACGCAAUGGAAGGAAAACGUCCCAGUGGAGUAAAAGUGGCAUAACUCCUAUUGUUUACCCCUCAUUCUUUAAUCCUUCAUUCAACAUUUUUUUCCACUUUAAAGUCCAUAUUUGUAGGCCCGUCAAUUGUUUGAAAUCUUACUUUGCUGUUGCAUCAAAUGUAUAUGUAAUCUAUAAUGUAAUCCAAAAACAAUGCGAAAUGAGUUUCAGCGAGAAAUAUCUGGGUUAAGGAAUAUGCCUAGCUUUUGAAACUGUCUGUCCAUGGAAGAACGAAUAUAUAGCAUCGAGCUUACUUGUAUAUAUAAUUGAUGGUAGUUGAAUGUUUAAGAUCCAACUAAGGUUUAGGGGCCUUGAUUCUUUGUGUAUUA